ACGCGCGCGCACUGCCACGAUGAGCUCGAGUGCGCUGCAGCAGGUCCAGGAGCACCUCAACUCGGGCGACUACUACUCGGCCCACCAGAAGGCCCGCACCACCGCCGUCCGCCUCCUCGCCCCUCCCCGCCGCAACCCUCCCCCAGCCGGCACCGUCCUCCCGUACGACCAGAAGGCCCAGGACGCCGCCAGCCUCCUGUGGGACGCCGCUCGCCGCCUCCUCGAACAGGGCCAGGUCGGCAGCGGCGUCGACCUCGGCGUCAUGCUCGUCGACGACGUCUGGCUCGCCCGCCACGUCGGCUGCGGCAAGGACGAACGCGCCAAGAUCAUCCAGCUCAUCGCCCUCACCGGCCCUGCCGGCGCAUGGAGGAAGACCCUCACCGACGCCAUCUUCACGUGGACGUCAAAGACGGGCUCGGGCCCUGCCGGCGACAUCGACAUCCACCAAUACCUCGGCGAGACGCUCUACAAAGAGCUCGACUACCACCAAGCUUCGCUACACCUCCUCGUCUGCCCGACGCAGGACGCUGCACAGACGCUCGCGAGCGUUCUGUUCGACUGGUCCAAGCUUGACCCGGAGAAGGAGGCCGCCGUCGGUCGUUACGCCGCUCGCGGCACGCUCAGCUACCUCGAGUCGUCGUUCAUCCUCGCGGCGCGCACCUUCCUGUCGCACUUCCUCGCCCUCGCCCUCGCCGCGUACCCCUCGCUCCGCGUCGCCUCGUUCGCCUUCCCCUCGCCCUCGUCCCCGCUCGCCCAGUCGACCACGUCGGCCCCGCCCUCGCCCGACGAGCUCGUCGUGACCAAGCUCGCGUCGCUCAACUUUUGCCAGCUCGCCGUCCGCGCGGCGCAGAGCGGCAUCGGCGAAAACGUCGACAAGGUCAAGGUGCCCGGUCGCGGCGCCGACGAGUUUCGCGUGCAGCGCGGCGGCGGCACAAAGGCGUGGCAGAGCCUCGUCGGCCGGUACGAGCGCAGCGUGCCCUGGCUCAGGGCGCCCGAGGUCAAGGAGGCGACCCAGGCGAUUGGCGAGAUCCACUUUGGCCUCAAGCCGGCGAGGCAGGGCAACCCGCUCAUGGACAUGAUGGCGAGCAUGUUUGGCGGCGGCGGCGGUGGAGGACCAGCAGUGAGCGGCGCGCCGGCGAUCGGCGGCAGGUGAGCGUGCGCGAGGAGGACGGGCAAUUUCGCUCUCUCGCUCUCGCCACCCGAAGGAGCAGCGCAAUGUCUGUUGAUGCAGUGCAGGUCUCUGUCUCUCUAUGAGUGCGAGAGUGCGAGCUGGCGUCGAGGAGCGAGAGGCCCUUCUACUUGCGGCGCGCACCCUUCUUCCGCCCGCUCCGACUGUUCGGGCCCUUGCCCCCUCCUCCCUUGCCGCCGCC